ACAUCUCCUCUCCACCCAUCUCACAUCGCCAUAUAUUACACAAUACGAAUUCCUAAAUAAUUUUCACUCCUUCAAUAUACACACACAUUUGAUUGUAUUUUGAUACUCAACAGUAUUCGCACCAAGCAAUAAUGUUAAGAGCGAUCUGGUUGGCGGUUUUAUUCAUUUGCUAUAUAAAUGGACAGACGUCCCACGCAGCACCGUUACCGUUUAUAUUGGGUAACAUUACAGAAAUCGGUGAUCUUUGCAAGAACUUCGAGGGAUUCCUAAGAAUGCCAUCUGACUGCCGAAAUGUCUUUCAGUGCACCGGGACAGAGGCACGGGCUUUACCUACCUGUCCCGUUGGACAAGUCUUCAGUUUACAGAAGCACGUUUGUGUUAAUGUUUCCGAUUCAUCUAAUGACUGUCAGUCUUCUGUUGAUUGGGAAGGGUAUCAGCUAAAGCAAUCAGAUAUCGACUACAUUGCUGACUUUGUUGAAAUCCAAUACGAAGUUCUACACAACAGUCCGGAAAAGAACCAGUUUUUUUAUGAAGUGGAACUAACUUUAAUCAACCAUGGGUUUAAAACUGUUCUUCAAGGAGAAUGGAAAAUCUACUUCUGCAACAUCAUGAGAAUAGCUUCAACUGAUUUGGACAAAACCUAUGGUGUAAUGUUUAAACACACGCAGGGUUGCCUAUACGAAUUAUCUGUAACAAAAAACUUCAAACCGAUUUAUCCAGGUCAGUUAUUCAAGAUACGAUACUGGGGCGAGAACUGGUCAGUGUCCAAAACUGACGUAAUGCCAAACUGGUAUGUGAAAUCCAAUAACGUAAAAUCGCGUGUUCUAAAAAGUACAGCUGGUGAAAGCUUAAAAUUCGUGAAACCUUUUAAGAAGCCCGACCAGUACAAACGAGGAGGUACUUGGGAUAAAUUCCACCCUUAUUCCCCAAGUGAACGUUAUGGUCUAAACAUAUUACUAUCAGAACUGCAUCAAAAGAAGGCAGCUGAAAGAAUUAUACCCAAGCCUCAAAUGUACGUAAGAAAUUCUCACAAACAAAUUUUUAUCCUUCCAAGUGAUUGGGUGAUUGUAACAGCAAAAGAAACCACUGAUGAAGCACAGUUCCUCUCGGACAAGCUAAAGAUUCCAGUCGUACAGAAAGUGUCGGCUCUGAAGAAAUUCAUUUUCCUCAGCGUUGGAAAAUUGCAUUUCAUUGGCGACGGAUCUAGACCAGACACAGACGAAGAUUACGAGUUAACAAUUCAUGAAGGCGAUGAGAAAAUCCUGAUAAAAGGUGCAGGUAGAGCAGGUGUCUUCUACGGUAUACAAUCACUGCUCAGUUUGAAGACGGGAAACCCCAACAGCGGUUUCACCGUACCCAUAGCUUUCAUCAGAGACAGACCUCGCUACUCUUAUCGUGGAGUUCAGAUCGACGUGGGUCGGAAUUUCCACAGCAAAGAGUGUAUCCUCAAACUGAUUGAAGCUAUGGCUACCUACAAGAUGAACAAGUUACAUCUGCAUCUCACCGAUGAUGAAGGAUGGAGGAUCGAGAUCCCAGGCCUACCCGAAUUGACAUCGAUUGGCGCAAAACGCUGCGACGAUAUGUCGGAGAGAACGUGUCUGAUGUCACAGCUUGGCUCCGGUCCGAAUAUGAACUCAUCAGUGAAUGGUUACUACACAGUCCAAGACUACGUGGAAAUUCUUAAAGCAGCCAAAAAACAUCAUAUUGAAGUUAUACCCGAGCUAGACAUGCCCGGUCAUGCCCGUGCCGCCAUAAAAUCAAUGGAGGCGCGGUCUAAAGCAGUCAGUGGAAGCAUGGGUUCAAUGUUUUUACUGACCGAUCCCAAUGAUAAAUCACGUUACCGGUCUGUGCAGAUGUUCAGCGACAAUGCCUUAAACCCAUGCGUGACAGGGAGUUUCAGAUUUCUGACGCAUUUGCUGAACGAACUAAAGGCCAUGCACAAACCUAUCAUGCCGCUGAAAAACUAUCACUUUGGAGGAGACGAAGUAGGAGACGGAGCUUGGUUGAAGUCCCCCGCUUGCCAGAAACUAAUGAAGUCAUCAGCUUUUACAACCAGUGAGAUAAAACAUUAUUUCGUCUCUAUGGUUAGCAACUUAACUGCACCUUUUAAUCUGGACAUCUCCGCUUGGGAAGAUGGACUAAUGGACACUAGUGAUCGAAUGUUCCCGAGACAGUCAAUACAGAAUGAAAAUGUAACAGCUUAUGCUUGGGACAAUAUAUGGGAAUGGAACAAGGCCAGCCGUGCAUACAAGUUCGCCAAUGCUGGAUAUAAGGUUGUGAUGGCACAAGCUACUCAUCUAUACUUUGACCAUCCAUAUGAACCGGACCCGGAAGAAAGAGGAUAUUAUUGGGCAACAAGAUUUAUUGAUACCCGGAAAACUUUUGGUUUCCAACCAGGAAACAUUUACGCUAACAUCGAUAUGAAACGAAAUGGAGAAAAACUAACUUAUGGAAGUGUGUGUGGGCCGAGCGGGAGCUUGUGUGAAAAACUCAAGAAACCUGAAAAUAUAAUCGGUCUGCAGUGUAAUGUGUGGAGCGAAUCAGUAAGAACAGAUGAACAAGUCUUUGAAAUGUUCUUCCCAAGAUUACUGGCUGCUGCAGAGCGAGCAUGGCAUGAAGCAGACUGGGAGAAAAAUGGAACUCAACAAGGGAACGAAACUUCUGAUUUUACUGAGUUUAUAACUACAGUUGGUUACAGAGAAUUACUUCGCUUGGAUAUGAUGGGAAUUACGUAUCGAGUACCGCCGCCUGGUGCCUUAAUUAAUAGCACUACUGGUCAGAUACAUGCCAAUUCAGCAAUUCCAGGCUUGAAAAUUGAGUUUAGUCCUGACGGACAAAAUACUUGGAUUACUGUUGAUAAACAGUCGAAAGCGUAUUCAGGCCAGAAAUUAUAUCUAAGGACAAGGUCUGCAGAUGGCAAACGAACUAGUAGAGUAAUCAGCCUCGAUGUUCGAUAAGGCACAAAGGAUAUACUUCUCUUCGAUGCAUUCAUCCUUAGAGAAACAUAUGCAGAAAUAUAUUUCUUAAAGUGUCGGCGCAUUUUGAAAAUGUCGUACCUGAUAUUUAAACAAUCUUCAUAUUUCCAAGAUUGAUAUAAAAUUAUUUCCUGAAUUACGAUAGUUGUAAGUCUUGCAUCAUUCAAUAAAUUUCUAAUAGAUAUCAAA